AUGUCUCGGCCUCUCUCUUCUUUACCAUCUGUCGAGACUCCAGUGUCGACCUCACUGCCUACAGACUCCUUCCAGCUGCUAUCCACCGAAUCAAAGACCGGUGAUGCAGAGGACCUGUUGUUCAACCAGCAGGUAGAGGAUGUGAAGAAGUGGUGGAACUCUCCUCGGUACGAGGGGAUCAAGAGACCCUAUACACCCCAAGAUGUCGUCAGUAAAAGAGGAACAUUACAACAGACCUAUCCGAGUUCCCUUAUGGCUCGGAAACUCUUCAAUCUACUGAAUGAGAGGGCUGCAGAGGGCAAGCCGGUCCACACCAUGGGCGCCAUCGAUCCCGUCCAGAUGACCCAGCAGGCUCCAAACCAAGAGAUUCUCUAUGUCUCUGGCUGGGCAUGCUCUUCCGUCUUGACUACCACAAAUGAAGUCUCCGCCGACUUUGGCGACUAUCCAUAUAACACUGUCCCUAAUCAGGUUCAGAGACUCUUCAAGGCUCAACAAUUACAUGACCGCAAACAUUUCGAUACCAGGCAGAAGCUGAGCCCCGAAGAGAGACAGAAGACUCCUUAUAUUGAUUAUCUACGACCCAUCGUCGCCGACGGUGACACUGGUCAUGGUGGUCUUUCGGCUGUCAUCAAGCUGGCCAAGCUUUUCGCCGAAAAUGGUGCUGCUGCUGUUCAUUUCGAGGAUCAACUGCACGGUGGCAAGAAAUGUGGCCAUCUUGCUGGAAAGGUUCUGGUUCCUGUGGGCGAUCACAUCAAUCGUCUUGUCGCUGCUAGAUUUCAAUGGGACAUGAUGGGUUCGGAAAACCUCGUUAUUGCUCGAACUGAUUCAGAGAGCGGGAAACUACUCUCCAGUGCCAUCGACGUCAGAGACCAUGAAUUCAUUCUUGGUGUAACAGAAGAAACCGAGCCUCUGGCCGAGGUCCUGCAAGAAAUGGAAAUGGCCGGUGCGCCCGGACCGGAAGUGGAUCAAUUCGAGUCUGCUUGGGUUAAGAAGCAUAAGUUGGUCACCUUUGAUGAAGCAGUCGAGGCACACAUCAAGGCGGACGGUGGCGAUGCUUCCCAAUAUCUUGCCAAGACAAAGGCCAAUCCCAAUCUCUCUCUCACUAAACGUCGCACUCUCUCCCAACAGUAUACCAAAUCUCCUGUUGUAUGGUCUUGCGAUAUUCCUCGAACUCGAGAAGGCUUCUACCAUUAUCGUGCUGGUCUUCCCGCCGCCACCAAGCGAGCCAUCGAAUUUGCCCCCUAUGCCGAUCUACUCUGGCUUGAGACAGCAGACCCUAGUGUCCCCAAGGCUGCCGGUUUCGCCAGAGAAAUCCGCGAACAGUACCCGGGCAAGAAGUUGGUCUACAAUCUUAGCCCAUCUUUCAAUUGGAUGGGUCAAGGUUUCGAUGAUGCCUCCCUGAAAUCUUUUGUCUGGGACCUCGCCAAGGAAGGCUUCGUUCUUCAACUUAUUUCCCUCGCCGGCCUUCAUUCGACUGCAGCCAUCAGUGCAGAAUUGUCACGAGGCUUCAAGGAAGACGGCAUGCUCGCAUAUGUCAAUCUUGUGCAGAGUCGCGAGAAGAAGCUCGGUGUCGAUGUGCUAACUCACCAGAAAUGGAGCGGUGCUGCAUAUAUCGAUGGCAUCAUCGGUGCUAUUCAGAGUGGCAGCAGUGGCAGUAAGAGCAUGGGCGACGGAAACACUGAGAAAGGCUUCUAG